AUGUCUUCCAAACCAGGUUUUAACAAAGAAGUCUUAAUGGACAUCCUUCUCAGGCUACCUCCGAAGCCCCUCGUUCGGUUUCUUUGCGCGUGCAAAUUCUGGAAUGAUUUGAUUAGCAGCUCACUUUUUGUUACAACACAUUUUAAUUUAAAUGCAACAAGACGUGACAACAUUUUUCUACUUUGCCUCCACCACCAAGAUUUUGAACUUAAAUUCGAUGUUGACGACCCUUUUGUGAAACAAGACCUUCAGUGGUCACUUUUUUCCAAUGAAACAUUUGAGCAGCGUUUCAAGUUAAAGCAUCCCUUAGGGAGCACAGAGCAUUUUGGGAUAUACGGUUCAAGCAACGGGUUACUUUGCAUUUCGGAUGAAAUAUUGAAACCCAAGAGCCGUAUACACAUAUGGAACCCAACCAUUGGCAAGUAUAGGACUGUUCCGUUGAGCAUCACCGACGACACGAAAUUUGGCUACAUUGCUCUCCAAUUCGGGUUCCACCCCGGGGUUAAUGACUACAAGGUUGUGAGGAUGAUGUGCAUGGACAACAAAGCAUUCGCCGUCGAGGUUUAUAGUCUUGCCACAAACUCUUGGAAGAUGAUUGAAGAUGUUCCUCCUUGGUUAAAAUGCACUUGGGAGCAUCAUCAAAGCACAUUUUUGAAUGGAGUUACAUACACCAUUAUUGAUAAAUGCCCUAUAAUCACCAUUGUGUCCUUUGAUUCGGACAGCGAAAAAUUUGAAGAGUUCGUACUUCCUGAUGCCAUUUGUGGUAUAUGGGGGUUACACUUUGGCAUUUACAAGGAACAAAUUUGCUUGCUCUAUGGAAAUUAUUGCUGCGAGGAGGAGGGCAUGGAUAAAAAUGAUUUUUGGGUUCUACAAAAGAAAGGGUGGAAACAAUUGAGGCCUUUUGUUUUUUCUUCUGAUCGCUGCUAUUCAACAAUGGGGAUCAGUGUUGACGAUGAACUCUUACUCGAAAGAAUGAUUUCACAGUGGGUGCAGCAGAUUUGUAUUUGUGUAAUUAUGAAUCCAGGCAGAUUCGUGAAACAGGCACACCUUGUUAUCAAUGGACAAAAAGCAGACAACCAACCACGAAGAAUCACACACACACACACAACCAUGACCUCCUUGAGAAUUUCACUAGAAGACUAA